AUGUUCCGGCUCGCUAGUCUCUGUCUUCUGGUCCUCGGGGUUUGCGCCUCCAACUUCGAAGAGGAGGACAAUGUCAUCGUCCUCACCAAGGUUUGCAUCAUUUUAAUAAUAUUGAAGGAAGUCGGCAGAGGCAGACUUUCUUGAGCAGACGUGUAAAAUAAAAUUAUCCCAAAAAGUUUCCCAUAAAAAUUUGUUUGCUGUUUCAAUGUCAUUCUAAAGCCAUAGUGAAAAUUUUUAAAAGGAUCUAAAUGUUUAUUCUAAAACCGAAAAGAAAGAAAAAUUUGAUUUUGGAUAGAUAUACUUCAUCCAUUCUGUGUAAAAAACUAGAAAAGCUUCGGAAUUUUCCACUUUUUCCCUGCUAACUGCUGGAAGAAUCUUAAUGAAUUUUUUCCUAGGCUAGCGAUGAAUGAACUACACAUAAUUAUCAAAAUUCAAAACCAACACCCAAAAAAUUAAAAAAAGCAAAGCUUUGGAGAAAAAAAGCGUGAAAGGGUGAAUUUUUUUGUUGGGUCCCGGCUUUUCAUAAAUAUGAAAGAAACGCCAAACCGGCAGUUUUUUUCAUUUUUUUUGAAAGCUUUUUCAAAAAAAUCAAAAAAAGUUUUGAUUCAAAAUUUUAAUUUUCUUUCCCCAUUUCAGGACAACUUCGAUGACGUCAUCAAUGGUCACGAAUUCAUCCUGGUCGAGUUCUACGCCCCAUGGUGCGGUCAUUGCAAGGUAGAAAUAAACGAUUGCGAAAUAGUUUCUAAGUCGACGUGUCCUUAGGCCCUGACGCCAGAGUACGCCAAGGCCGCCACCCAACUGAAGGAGGAAGAAUCCGAGAUCCGCCUCGGCAAGUUGGAUGCCACCGUCCACGGUGAAGUCUCCAGCAAGUUCGAGGUAAACUUGAAGAGUUUGAAAAAAUUUCAUUAUUUUUUAUUUUUCCAGGUCCGCGGAUACCCAACCUUGAAGCUGUUCCGCAACGGAAAGCCACAAGAGUACAACGGCGGACGUGACCACAACUCGAUCAUCGCCUGGUUGAAGAAGAAGACUGGACCAGUCGCCAAGAGCCUCGGAGAUGCUGAUGCCCUCAAGGACCUCCAGGAAUCCGCUGAUGUCGUCGUCGUUGGAUACUUCAAGGUAAAUCUGCUUCAAAAUACGGCUAGACAGGCACAUUCCAAUAAAUCCUCAACCAGCGAAAAUCAAACUUUAGAAAUUUAACUCUGAAAGUUUUCUAUCAAGCUUUACCAUCCCAAACUCUCUAUGGAAAAAGAUAUUCCUAAACGAAAAGCUCAAAAAAUCGGAUCACUUUUUCAGUUUAGCUUCUUCUAAUGAUUCUAUCUCAAAAUCGCGCCAGCACAAAAAAAAGCAAAAGAUCUUGUGGCCAAAGUGCCCUUGACCGCGUUGACGACGCCUCUUUCCGUUCCGCAAAAAGAGGCCGCGACCUUGGAAGGAAUCAUCGCGCAAUUGCGACACACAUAUCCGUCGCUCGAUAGCCUAGUUUAGAACUGCAAGGCGGACAGUUUUUCCUGAUCGAUUACUUUUCUUGGACUGUUUGGAUAGUGAGAUCUGUUUGCACAGAGACGGACCUUUGCCAAAGCGGCAAGGAAGGAGAAUUUGGGUACUCAGACACCAGGAAGAGAUUUUCAAGUGAAUCCUCCUUCCCAAAAACUUCUGAAUUAGUCACUGAUGGCUUAGAAGUUUUAACUUUCCUCAGAUAUCAACCAAAUCCGAAAUCCAAAGAAACAUCCAAUCUUUUUCAAAAUGUACUUCUGAACACAAAAUGACGCAUUUUUGUACCUACUUCCUUAGAAACUGAAUAACGCGGCUGUCGCUAUGGAGAUGAUAAUUACUCAAUUAUGAAACCGGAUCUAUUUUCGAACUUGCGGUGUUGUCGACAAUUCUAAUUAGUUAAUCAGUGCGUCGAAAACUCGUGACUAAAUGACCAUAAAGCAGUGCUUUUUGCAAUUAUGAAAUGGAUUGCACUUCAUACGUCAGUUAAUUAAUCAUUGCUGCAAGAACUUGCGACAAGUUAGAGAAUUCCUGGAAAGUUAGAAGCCAUUCCAAUUACGUGAUCUUAGAUUCGAAAAAAUCAUUACUUAAUUAAUCCUUUUGCAGAAUGCCGAAUCUGAUGACGCCAAGACCUUCCUCGAGGUCGCCGCCAGCAUCGAUGACGUGCCAUUCGGAAUCGCCACUGAGGAAGCCGUCCGCAAGGAGCUCGAGCUCAAGGGAGAAGGAAUCGUCCUUCUGAAGAAGUUCGACGACGGCCGUGCUGACUUCGACGAGAAGCUCUCCGCUGAUGCCCUCAAGACCUGGAUCCAGGCCAACCGUCUCGCCCUCGUCUCCGAAUUCACCCAGGAAACCGCCUCUGUCAUCUUCGGCGGAGAGAUCAAGUCCCACAACCUUCUCUUCGUCUCCAAGGAAUCCUCCGAAUUCUCCCGCCUCGAGUCUGAGUUCAAGAACGCCGCCAAGGAAUUCAAGGGCAAGGUUCUGUUCGUCUUCAUCAACACCGACGUCGAGGAGAACGCUCGCAUCAUGGAGUUCUUCGGACUCAAGAAGGACGAGCUCCCAGCCAUCCGUCUCAUCUCCCUCGAAGAGGACAUGACCAAGUUCAAGCCUGACUUCGCUGAGAUCAACACCGAGAACAUUGUCAAGUUCACCCAGUCGUACGUCGAUGGAUCGCUCAAGCCUCACCUCAUGUCCGAGGAGGUGCCAGAAGACUGGGACAAGAGCCCCGUCAAGGUUCUCGUCGGCAAGAACUUCGAGCAGGUCGCUCGCGACUCCACCAAGAACGUCCUCGUCGAGUUCUACGCUCCAUGGUGCGGACACUGCAAGCAGCUGACGCCAACCUGGGAGAAGCUCGGAGAGAAGUUCGCCGACCACGAGAACAUCGUCAUCGCCAAGAUGGACGCCACUCUUAACGAGGUUUGUUUUUAUUUGGAUUUUUGGCUAUCCGAUGGAAACUUGAACAUUUUGCUUUAAGAAAAAAAGCCCCAUUUUUCUCAGAAUUAGUAAUUAAAUGAAGUCGAGAAAGCUCUAAAAAAGCUUUUCACGAAGUUUUUUCCCUGAAUUCAGCUUUCGAAACAUUUAAUCACAUCGACAGCAUGUGAAAAAAGUUAACAACUUCGAAACUGGUUGAUAUAUAUCAUUACUGUUUCAGGUCGAAGACGUCAAGAUCCAAUCUUUCCCCACGAUCAAGUUCUUCCCAGCCGGCUCCAACAAGGUCAUCGACUACACUGGCGACCGCACCAUCGAAGGCUUCACCAAGUUCCUCGAGAGCAACGGCAAGGACGGCGCCGGCCCAUCUGAAGACGACAAGGCCGACGAGGAGGCCGAAGAGGAGGGCCAUUCCGAGCUCUAA